AUGCACUCUCACCAUUCUCAUUCUGGAGACUACGUGGCUCAUGGUGUUGAUGGACUCGAAGCGAUAGUCACCCGAGUAUCUGAACUGGGCUUCGAUGUCUAUUGUAUGACGGAGCAUAUGCCUCGGAUCGACCAGAAGUACUUGUAUCCGGAGGAAAUCACGGGCGAUUCCAGUGCAGACCUCAAGCUUCUACAACAGAAGUUCAUCGAGUACCUUGCGCAUGCUACCAAAGUGAAAAAUCGAGGUUUACGGACCGAGUUCAUCAUUGGGAUGGAGGUCGAAGGCUGUGAUUUGAAGCAUAUCGAUUACGCUCAAAGUCUGAUGCAACGUCAUUCCGACGUUAUGAAAUUCUGCGUUGGAUCGGUUCACCAUGUGAACCAGAUCCCGUUAGAUUUCGACCAACAAUGUUGGUACCAAUGUCUCAAGAGUUGCGGCAACAGUGUGCGACAGCUCAUGGUGACGUAUUUGGAAUUACAAUUCGAGCUUUUGACCCGAUUGAAGCCGCAGGUCGUGGGCCAUUUUGAUCUUUUCCGGUUGUACUGUCCUAAUGAACUGGUUGUAGAUUCUAGGAGCGGGGAACGAGUCCCUGACGGUUCAGAGUUUGGUGUUCGCGUCGGUGAAUUGUCUUUGGUCGAGCAAUGGCCCGAGGUGAAAUCGCUAGCGUUGCGGAACUUGGAAUUCGUGGCGUGUUACGGUGGACUUUUGGAAUUGAACUCUUCUGGGCUAAGGAAAAAGCUUCAAGACCCCUACCCAGGUCGCGAUUUUGCACAGCUUGCCAAACAGGUACCUGGGACGAGGUUUGUGUUGAGUGACGACGCACAUGCGGUGAGUCAAGUCGGGGUGUGUUACGAUCAAGUGUUGGAGUACAUUGACAAAGUACUAAAGUUAGACAACUUGUACUUUCUAUGCGAGACUCAAAGUGGGAAGCUGUGUGUCAAUUCGAUGGAUCUGGAACAAGUCAAGUCGCAUCCAUUCUGGCAAAGGUUUCAAGAUCAAAACUAG